AAUUCAAUGGCUGUAACGUAACGAACGACCGAGUAUUAUGAAGCCAGCGCUUGAAGGUCCGCGAUACUCUCCGUGAAAUUUGGGCUUCGACUAGUUCAGAUCAAUAUUUGAUAGAUAAGAUUUUACUUAAGUGCUACAUACUGUCCUGGAUUAUGUUGGUACUCAUGAUGGAUAACUUAGAUUCGCAUGAUGCGUUCUUUUUCCGACUCAACCACUCUGCCCACUCCAGAAUACCUGUUCGCCCCUUUAAAUAGACAUUUAAUUAGUAUUAUUGUUUUCAUAAGGGUCUUGAAAUGAGGGCAAGGCUGAAAUAGCUCGCGGAUACGGUCGCAAUUUUGGCCGGGAGGGUACCUAAUGGGCACAGUUAGGACAACCGUCAGGUUAAGCACAUAUCGGUCAGGCAUCAGCCUGCCUAAGUUUCGGAGCCAAUACAAAGUCAGAACCACGGAUAUACAAUGGACUUUGACUUCCAAUGGAGACCUUAUAAUUACUAGGUAGGUAGGCUUUCGUGCUGAUUUAUUCUAGUAGUUUCUUCACACUGAAAUCUCAACCCUAUCUACAUAACUUCGCCUUCAAGCCUUCAAAAGCCCAGACCCUAGAGAGCUCAGCAUAGAAGAAAAAUGACGCGAAGCAACCCUUUCAGGGACGUCGAUAUAGUGGUUGAUGGAGAUCGUCCUUGGGUGGACAAAAACGAUGAACCCAAAUUCAGAACAGGCGAUGAAGUAUAUAUCUCUGCAUCAGGAACAGAACCACGCAAGGGACCCUACACGAUAGAAAACGUGGAUACAUCUUCGACUCCUGCGACGUACACCCUAAGCGACACCAACGGAAUCGCUGAGAAUGGCGACUCUUUUGAAGAAAGUAAGCUUGAGUCGAAGUAGGGACCUAAACGAUCAUAGGUUAGGUACCUAUUAACUACCUACCUACCCAGGCACCUAGUAGGGGUACCUACAUUGUAAGCCCGCGUCUUUGGCUUAGGGUGUUAGGUACUGAGGCAUAUGCUAGGUACCUAUCCAGGCAGCAGGUACUUGUCGACAUACCUGUGUAUGUACUUCUCAGGCCUUUAUUGUCGGAUAAGGCACCUAGAACUCUAUGUAUUACCUACAUGUACGUACCUACCUAUAGGUAGCCUUAUUUCCCAUGAAUGCACCCAUAUUAAAGUAGCUGCCCGACACCGCCCCCUCUUCUUUUACCUGCACCUUAAGGUA